AUGCCCAAAAGGCUUUUGCUGUCGAAAUCACCACUGACACUUUUUUUUCCACAGGAAGUCGAAGAUGACACCGUCCCCAAUCUGCAAGAUCUCAAAAAUGCUAUCCCCAAGGAAUGCUUCGACUCCUCGGCCGUCACCUCCCUCCUCUACGUUGCCCGUGACAUCCUCUACUGCGCCAUCCUGACCUACGCCGCCUUCCACAUCUACCUCCUCCCUACCUUGGAGCUGCGAAUCAUUGCCUGGGCUGUCUAUGGCUUCUUCCAGGGUUGCGUUGGCACGGGACUGUGGAUUUUGGCUCAUGAGUGCGGCCAUGGUGCUUUCUCCCGCCACCAGAAGCUGAACGACUUCGUCGGCUGGGCCCUGCACUCUUUCCUGAUGGUGCCCUACUUCUCCUGGAAGAUCACCCAUGCCCGCCACCACCGCUACACCGGUCACAUGGAGAAGGAUACGGUCUUUGUGCCCUGGACCGACUCGCAGCUGGCCAAGAAGAAGAACGUGCGCAUCGAGCAGUUGAAGCACUUGACUGAGGAGACCCCGAUUGUCUCUUUCAUCCAGCUGAUCGGCCACCAGCUCAUGGGCUGGCAGCUGUACCUCUUCCUGAAUGUCACCGCUGGCCCCAAGAGUUUGCCCGAGAACCGUCCCCUGAAGGGCAUCUCCAGCCACUUCAACCCCUUCGGCCCCAUCUUCACUCGCGCUCAGUGGGUCAGCAUUGCGCUGUCUGACUUGGGUUUGCUGAUCAUGGGAUCUGUUCUCUACUAUGCCUCCACCCAGAUCGGGGGCUGGAACGUUGUGCUCCUCUACGUGAUUCCCUACCUCUGGGUCCACCACUGGCUGAUUGCCAUCACGUACCUCCAGCACACCCACCCUGCCGUCCCGCACUACAGCGCCGAGACCUGGACCUACACCAAGGGCGCUCUGGCCACCAUCGACCGCAGCAUUGGCUUUAUCGGACGUCACUUCUUCCACGAGAUCAUUGACUACCACGUUGUUCACCACCUGUUCAGCCGCAUCCCCUUCUACCACGCGGAGAAGGCUACCAAGGCCAUCCAGCCCAUGCUCGGCGCAAACUACCACGAGGAGAAGCAGGAGAGCUUCCUGUACUCUCUCAUGACGACCUUCAGAAAGUGCAUCUAUGUCUCCGACAAAGGAAAUGCCAAGAGCGAGGCGCCCGGUGUCUUCCACUUUGUCCUUGCCGAUGAGAGAAAAUAG